CGCCUCAGCUAGUGAUUCUCCCACUGACGUCGAGCUACAAUGGAACCUCUUGCAGAAUGUGAUGUCAUCUUCUGGCCAACCAGCCUGUGGAUUCACUUAUCGCCCCUCCCCAAAAAGUGCUGUAUCACCGUGCGCUCCCUGACACUGUUUGACCGCCGUCAAACACUCCCAUAUAACCCUGAUCACAAUGAACUUCGCUGCGCCAACAAGCGCCAACUUAAACGGAGUCUUCGUGGUGAUCGUGAAGCUUUGUGGUCUCAAAGCGCCUUGGAGAUGGAAACCGCUGUCCUCGCUGGAAAUACUCGCAGGUUGUGGCAGUCCAUUCGGUCCAGCGGUCACAAAAAGUCUGGUGUCAGUGAGGUUAUCCGUGAGGCGGAUGGGACACAAAUCACUAACUUGCAGAGGCACAUGGACAGAUGGGCUGCGCAUUUCCAAUUUCAGUUCAGUUCUUCCCCGUCGUCCAUCUUCGUACUUAGCUCGCCUUGCAGCGCGCCAUGGGCCGUGCUACACGAAUCAGUAGUUUUCGUAAAACGGAAAUAAUCAAAGGGCGCCGAACUUGCAUCGAAUUCAAGGAAA